AAAUCCAAAGAGAAAGAAUUGAACUAUUGAAGAGAUUCAAAGUUUUCCGAAUCUAUUCUCUGCUUUAGAGCUUGCGAAGCAACGAACCAUUGGAGAAAUAUAUAUAAAUUGCAUACACAGCUGAUGCUGAAACCGCAGAGUAGAUCGAAUCUCAGCGAAGAUGAUGAAGAGGAAGAAGAGCAGGGGAUCGAUCCUCGCCCUUUCUGUUCUUCUAUUUGCUUUCGAGGUAAUGUCGUUGCCGAGACUCGCCAUCGCCAAUGCCUUCGAAGACCUUCCAGUUCCGCCAUUAAACAAGGAGAACUACUGCAACUAUACGGUUACCAUAGAGACGACAUGUACCAGAGGAGCGGAUACAUCGAACCUUGUGAGCCUACGAUUCGGUGAUACAAAGUCUAACGACAUUAUCGUGCGCCGCCUCAACUCCAAGCAUGUGAGGAGGGUAGACCCACUGGAUCCAACGGUUCUGGACGACGUGCCAAGAAAACCGUUCCAGGCCUGCACCGUGGACCAGUUCCAGGUGAGGGGUCUGUGCGUGGAGUCUCCUAUUUGCUAUAUCUAUCUCAAACUAAGGGGAAGCGAUGAUUGGAGACCAGGUCUGGCCCGGGUCCAUGUUUUGGGUGCACCGCAUCUCUCCUCCGACUAUUACUACUUCCGUAGGUAUCUUCCUAGGCACGUGUGGCAUGGAUUUGACACUUGUGAUAAGGAGUUGACUCCCUUUGGUAUGAGGUACAAGAGGAAGGUGUUCCCAACAAAUAAGGCCCCCAAAUCAAUACCAAUACUGCCUCCUUAAUAAUAGAUAUGAAUGUGUGUGCCCUAUCCUUGGGAGAUUGUGGUCAUGGUACCAUGUCUCUGUUAUAUAUAUAUGGCCAAUACUAUUUCAUCCACAAAGAGAUGCUUAAUUAAGCAAGCUUGUUUGCUGCUUGUCAAUGUAAUUGUAAUUAUAUUCUGAUAGUGGAAAAAUGAUGGUAAUAAAAUCUGUUACGCAAAAUAA